AUGAAACACUGGACGAAGUGCGGGCUGGAUGUUGGAGGCGAAGCGGGCCGCGUUGCAAAGGUCUUCGUGGGCCUUGAGUUGGAAGCGAAGCGGUUCGAUUGGAAGGCCCCGCUCUGGGCUCUGAUUGGCGAGGGGAGACUGGACUUUGUUCGCGGGGCGGCUUUGGGUUUGAACGAAGGUUAUGGUGCAGAAAGCGAAUAUGGUUGA